AUGGACCUUCGUGGGAUAAUCCUUGCUCAUCUGGAGGAAUUUAAACAGAAGAUACCACUUCUUACUCUACUUUUAAUAUUGGAGCUAACGGAAUUAAUGGUGAUCAACUUGGUAUUUGGAUAUCAUCAAAAUGUGAAGAUUUAUUAUGCAACUAAAACUGCUGGUGAUUUUAGGAAAGUCUAUGGAACUUGCAGAUUCUAUUCAGACCCAGUAGCUCCUAUUGUUUAAAAUAGAAUUGGGCUGCCAAUAGAUUCUUAUAAUGGAGGCUUUAGUAUUGGAAGCAAAAAAUACUUUGUUUAACUUGAAUAAUUCACAUAAUGCAGUGGAUAUCCUAUGACAACCGAGAUGAAGCUAUUUUCUAAUUAACCAUUACCUUCUUUCAUCAAGUUUGAUCCUAUUCUGUAUGCUCUAACAAUAACUCCGAAUUAAGCUAGUGCUGAAGGCAUCAUAAAUUUAGUUUACUCAGCUUACAUCAUUGAAUCCUCAGGAUUUUCUAAUUCUACAAACUUUUAGAUUGAACUUUUGCCAAACUCUCCCCCAAAAGCAAUAUAAAACUUUUAAACUGAUAUUGACGAUUAGUAAAUAACAUAUAAGGUUAGUGAUGCACCUCAACCAAUUAAUAAAGUGCAAGAACAGUAUUACAUUAAAGUUUCACUUUACGAUGAAUUUACAUCAGCUAAGCCAAAUAACUACUAUGUUAGCUUGAAAGUAAACUAAAAUAAAGCUCCCUUAACAACUUAAAUUACUAACUUUACUAUAUCUACAUUGAUGAUAACUAGAUCAUUUGAAUACAGUAUUUGGAGACAAAAUUUUACUGAUUUAGAAGGAGAUAUUGUUUAGAUAAGCUGUGAAAAAUUGUCAGCUGCACCUAAUACUAAUUGGAUAUCAAUAACCUAUAAUGAAACAGCAGAUGGAAUAAUAAAAUUUAAAGGUAAAACUCCAAGAGAUAACUCGUAUGCUGCAGAUUAUACCUUUAGUUGUACAGCAAAAGACUAAUUUGAUGGUACUCCAAAUGUCUACAAUUUUUCUAUGAAAGUUAUCCCGAAACCCCCUAUCUCCAUAGUAAAUCCUAUAUAAAAAUAGACUUCAACUGUGAGAAGAAAGUACGAAUUUGAAUUUUCAAACGCCACCUAGGAUUCUACAGGAGAAUCUAACUAUUGUUUUCUCUUUAUUAACGGUACAGCGUACAAUUAAUUGAUUCAUAGAUGGAUCUUAUUCAAUGCUACAAAUAAUUCGAUCAGUAUAUAUCCAGAUUCUAAUUAACAGUCUGGAAAUUAUACUUUUUCAAUAAAAUUUGAUGAUCUCAUUUCUACACCAGUUUUUUCAAACUUUACCUUUGAAGUUAUUCCCAAUUUUGAGCUUGUACCCCUUUGGGAGAUUUCAAACAAACCGGUUAUUAUUGAAAACUUUUUCUUCUUCGAUCAUGAUAAAUCUUUAUUAUUCAGAGAUCCUGAGGGAUAUGCAUUUACAAUGAAUCAAUUGCCUCAUUUUAUCAAUUUGAAUAGUUCAAAUGGAACUUAUGGGGGCAUUACUAGUGAAUUCGACAUAGGCACUUAUCCAAUGGAGUGUGUAGGAGUAGAUGAAGCUGGAUGGGAGACUGUUAUUCCUUUUAAUAUAAUAGUGAAACCAUGCUAUUACAAGUGCAGAUCUUGCUCAGAUGAAAAUUAUAAUACUUGCAAAAGAUGCAAACCUGGCUUCUUUUUCCUCAAUAGUGAAUGUGUUGAUGAAUGUCCUGAAGGGAUGUACGGUGAUUAAUAGACCUUAAAUUGUGUUAAAUGCCCUCAAAAGUGUAGGCAAUGUACAGGUCCAGACUCUAAUACUUAAUGUUCAUCAUGCAAUUUUGGAUAUUUCUUUCUUGUUAGCGGCUGCUUUAGUAAAUGUCCAGAUCUAUUCUUUGGAGAUACAGCUACAUUUUCUUGUUUACGUUGCAAUUCUGCUUGCAGUGUUUGUUAUGGAGCUAGCUCAACUUAAUGCAGCAACUGUACAGAAUUAUUUGCAGAAAAUGAAGUUGGUACUAUUUAGAAAUAAGGAUAUAUUUUAAGUGGUGGGACAACUUGUAAAAUACCGAAGUGUAUCGAUGGCACAUACUUUAAAUGGUCAAACAAUAAUUUAUUAUCAGGUGAAUGUUUAAAAUGCCACUCUUCGUGCAAAAGAUGUUUUGACAUUGAUGAUUAAAGUUGCUUGUCUUGCAAUCAAGGAUACAGAUAUAAUUUAGCUACUAAAAAAUGCAUUCCUUGUGAAUAGAUUUAUGGAUUUUUUACUAACGAAGAAAGGGAUUGUGAGGAGAUUUGCGGAGAUGGAAUUCUUAUAGACAAAUAAUGUGAUGAUGGAAAUACUGUAUCUGGUGACGGUUGCUCUAAUUAAUGCAUGCUUGAAUAUGGGUAUAUUUGUCCAGCUGCGAAUUAAACUUGCAAAGAGAAUAUUCCUCCAGUUUUUACAAUUACUUCUAUUUCAAAACUUAACCUUAUCAGUUUAGAAUUUUCUAAACCAGUUAACAUUAAAGAUACUUCAAGUAUAUCUACUGAAAACAUUAUAGUUGAAAUAAGUGGGCCGAAUGGUUUCUAUGACUUCGGUUUUAGAAUAAUUGAAUAGCCUGGAAUGGAGCUAAAACCUGAUAGGGAUAUUAGAAGAUUUGGUAUUAUUCUAUAAGAUAUAAAAACAUCAUUAAUUGGACUAGAAUCUAUCAAAAUAUACUUUAAAGAUGUGUCUCAAAUUUAUGAUAAAUCAGGAAAUGUUUUAACUCUUGGUACUUAUGAAGCAAUCUAGGCUCAGCCAUUUAUCUAUAUUUCAAAGUAAGAAAAAGCUGCUCUUAAUAGUGGUGGUUCUUCAAUGAAAAUGGCAUUUUUAUCAGUUUUUAGCUUUAAUAUAGCCCUAAAAGUAGUCCUGAAUUCAUCGAUGCAAUAUUUAUGGGGACUUGUCCAUGCACUACAGAUAUUUAAUUAUUUGCUCUUCAUCAACAUUGAUUUCCCUGAGAAUGUUGAGAUUUUCUCAAACUAUCUUAAAGUAGCUACUGGAGAUGUAGAUGAAUUGAAAGACUACAUACCUAGCAUAUCAAGCUUACUCAUUGAUGAAAAUUAAAUUCACAGCGAUAUGGAUAAUGAAAAAAUGCCACAAAAAUUCUAAGAUAAUGACAUAUCUCCAUAUUUUAUUGUUGCUUUUGGAUAGAAAUUGACAUUAUGGUGCUUAGGGUUGAUGGUGAUAUUACCGUGUGUACUGUUAUUGAAUAAAUUAUGUAAGCGUGUUAAAAUUUGGGAAGAUUUAUAGCGUUCAUUUUUUUUCAAUGGACCUUUAAGAACUUUCAUUGAGAUGUACAUAGAACUUAUAAUUCAAGUGGUAAUCAAUACAUAAUUCGUUAAGUUCAGGAAUUUGAGCUAGAUAAUUACAACUACCUUUGCAUUUGUUUUUGGAGCACUUUCUUUGCUUUUGCCAUUUCUUACUAUGACAUUGAUCAGCAAAAAUAGGAGAUAUUUGAAAAAAAUUGAAUGGAAAAAUUCAUUAAGUAUGCUAACUGAAGAAUUCAGCCAUAAAACUAUCUUAUAGCUUAUUUAUUACCCCUUAUUUAUGUACCAGAGAUUAAUAAUUGCAGGGACUUUGGUAUAUGUUUAUGAUGCACCAAUUCUAUAAUGUGUCAUUGUUAUUAUUUGUAAUUUUGCGAUGAUGGUGUACAUGAUUACUGUAAAGCCAUUUAAAUAGGAGAAUCAGCAAAUUACAACUGUAAUUGAUGAAUUCAUAAUUAUGAUAUGUCUUAUGAUUUUUAUUUACAUUGCUAGUACUGAAUACGACCCUGAUAAAAUGAAAUAAUUAGGAAUGUUAGUGAUAUUUAUGAUUAUCUUUAGUGUCAUAAAAAACUUCAGUGUUGUCAUAUAUUUUGGAUAUAUCGAAAGUAGGGCGAGAAUGUAAAGAAUGUUUGGUGCAGAAGAUUUACAGAAAGAUUCUCAUGAUACUUUUGGAAGUACUGAUAGUGAUUUUGAAGAUAUGAUCGUUUAAACGGAUGAUAUCAGUACAAAAAGAACUCUGAGAUUAAAUAAAUUGAACAUGGAUUUUGAAAAUAAAAUUGAUAAUGAAUAAGCUCCUCCUAGCACUAACUUAGGAGAUACAUAUAUCAAGGGAUAAAAAUAUUAUGAUAAUAUUACUAGAAUAGUUUGA